AUGAAGUUCUCAGAAUCAAUGGAAGAGUUUGGUUUUGAAGUGGAGGUUCCGAAUGAUCAAGUGGAAAAGUUUCAAAAGUUUUUCAAAGGGCGAACUUUGGCAGAGGAAAUUGAUAGAUUACAUGGAAUCGAUCCUUUAGUGACGAAGUGGCGGGAUGCGAAGCUCCAAAAUCUGAAGAAAACUAUGGGGACAACACUAAAAGAUACAGAUGGUAGUCUGCCUCCGACCUCGCCGCACAGUGUAUAUACUGACCGAUCUCCAGUCCGCAGUUCUCUCGAGGUCCUUGAAAGUCGAUUCAAAGCAUUGGAACAAGUAGGACAAACUCGAGACAGAGAAGUGCGAGCCAUCCAUGAACAAUUCGCAUAUCUGCAAACUACAAUGCUCCAGCGGUUCGAUGACAUACAGAAGCGAUUCCAAACGAAAAUGGAAGACGCUGUAUGGCGAAAAAUGCAGAACGUUGAAAAAGAUAUCCGAGCUAGUGUACAGGAGGAUUUGGCAGUUCUGAAUCUGGAUCCAUUGGCCGCCGACACGGCCAAGACGACAACGACAAGUCCGGUGACCCCUGUCGCUUCCCCGGCGCCGGGACCAGAAAAGUUGAAGGGUGGAGCUGAUAAGGUAGAAAGUGUACUUUCUGCUCUGCAGACUGAGCGGGAUGCACUAAAGGCGCGGGCGGAUGAUGCUGAACGACGACUAGCCGAAGCCCAUGAUGAGUUAAUCAAGUUACGAGCACAGUUGGCUAGUACCGAGGAGAAGGUUGCAGACAUGGAGAAAGAAGGGGCUAUUUUACGGGAAGUCCAAGAGGAUCGUAAGGCUUUACGGGAGCAUCUUAACAACGUCAAUGAAGAGCUUGCCAAAUUUAGGGCUGAAGGGGACGCCCUGCGCAUCCAGCUCGAAGCCUUGCAGACUGAACGCGAUGCUUGGCAUUCGGCCGCCAAUGGUCCAGUUGGUCCAGUGAGCAGCAAAGAAGUGACACCCGAAUUAUCACCGGCAACCACCAUGAGUCCUUCAGCGGAAAAUACUGCACCGCCACUGGAGCCAACCGCCGGAGAUCAAGACGCGAGAGUCGCGCCAUCUUCAGAUGCAGAAGAUCCAUGGCGUGAAGCGCAGUAA